GUCUGGCACGUUCAACCAAGCCCACCGAAAAGGCAUACAAAACCAUUUGGGACCCAGCGACGCUCUGGCAACACAUCGCUCGCCGCCCGCGGCUCGAAACGCUCGAAUGGCUACCCUCGCAGCUCGCCGUCACCAUCAUGCUCACGAUGAAGUGUCGCCCCAAUCACCUCGCGACACUCAUUCACGCACGCACCAUCAUCACCGACCACUCGCUCAAACUCCGCUCGCGACGACCCAAGGAAUGGCGUCCCAACCACUCGCAUGAUGCCACAGUCUUCAAACAAGGCGACUACCGUGUGAUCGACGUUCCCCCCAUCGAACACACGCCGAACCUCGACGUUGCGGAGCUCUACACCUCACUCAUCACCGUGCAGGGCGCCCGUCGCAACGACAUUGCGGAAGUAUUCAUCAACCGGUAGCAGGAUUCACCAAUGGCUCCCGGAACCAUCAGCCACCUCGUCGACAAUGUACUCCGAGCGGCCGGCAUCGACAACGAGUUCACAAUGAAGUCCAUCACUCACGCCGUCACGACCGCGCAGUCGCGCAGCGGCCUCAGCGACGAAACAAUCAAACGGGGACGUUGGGUACCCAAUUCGCGGGUGUUCCAAACGCAUUACACCAUCGGUAUCGACGAUAUUUACGCUGAGGCCGCACCUACGACGAAUUCCUACGCGAUACGGCGGCAAAUACGGCUUUAUCGACAAAUAAGCAACCUCCGAACGGAGUCCAUUCUGGCUCUGGACGAGGAACGUAGUCCUCUAGAGUGCCGCAUUCGCCUCUCAAUUCGCGUCAGUUUAUUUAUCAACAUUCUUACGGGUUUACGGGUUUCCCUGGACGUUAGGUCCUAAAUUGCGCACUGCGCUCCCGCUAGCGAGUUCUUUUUCUUCAUCGAAACAUCCCCCCCUCCCACCGUAGCUUUUCAGUCAUAGCACUCGAUAGUUCAAAAGAGAUAAAGGGAAAGGGAGCUAGGGUUAUCUGUUAUUUAU